CAGAACCAGAGGGGCGAGGGCGGCGUCCCGGGGUCAGCGCUGCUCCCCUACGCCGUCAUGUCUCGCCAGGCGAAGGAUGAUUUCCUGCGGCGCUACACAGUCUGCAACCCCAGGACCCACCCCAAGGGCUACACGGAGUACAAAGUCACCGCGCAGUUCAUCUCAAAGAAAAACCCUGAGGAUAUCAAAGAGGUGGUGGUCUGGAAGCGGUACAGUGACUUCCGCAAGCUGCACGGGGACCUGGCCUACACCCACCGCAACCUCUUCCGCCGCCUUGAGGAGUUCCCAGCCUUCCCCCGUGCCCAGGUGUUCGGCCGGUUCGAGGCCUCAGUGAUCGAGGAGCGGCGAAAGGCGGCCGAGGACUUGCUUCGCUUCACUGUGCACAUCCCUGCUCUCAACAACAGCCCCCAGCUCAAGGAGUUCUUCCGGGGUGGGGAGGUGACGCGGCCCCACGAGGUAGCCAAGGACCUGCACAUUCUGCCACCCCCUCUGAUCCCCACUCCACCCCCUGAUGAUCCCCGCCUCCCCCAGCUGCUCCCUGCAGAAAGGAGGGGCUUGGAGGAGUUGGAGGUGCCAGCGGACCCCACACCAUCCAGCCCUGCACAGGAGGCCCUGGAUCUCCUCUUUAACUGUGGCAGCGUGGAGGAGGCAUCAGGCUCCCCUGCCAGGGGUCCCCUCUCCGAGGCCGAGCUUGCCCUUUUUGACCCCUUCUCCAAGGAAGAAGGUGCAGGCCCCAGUCCCACCCACGUAGGUGAGCUGGCAGCCACGCAGGUAGAGUCCGAAAGGCUGGACCAGGAACCCUGGGAGCCAGGAGGACAGGAAGAAGAUGAGGAAAGAGGGCCCACCCCUGCCUAUCUGAGUCAGGCCACGGAGCUCAUCACCCAAGCCCUUCGGGAUGAAAAGGCAGGCGCCUACCCUGCUGCCCUCCAGGCUUAUCGAGAUGGCGUGCACAUCUUGCUUCGGGGAGUGCCCAGUGACCCAUCCCCUGCCCGCCGGGAAGGGGUGAAGAAGAAGGCGGCUGAGUACCUGAAGAGAGCAGAGGAGAUCUUGCACCUGCAUGUGUCCCAGCUGCCACCCUGAGAGGAAGUAACCCUCCCAGGGACUGCAGCUCUUAACACUGCCAGCCUCCCUUCUCCUGUCCCCAGGGCCUGACCCCACCUCGUGGUCUUGUAACCCCAGGGGCCAUUUCUGUGUGUAACUGGACCAAGAAUGAGGAAAGUAAUGACCUCUUGUCUCCCUGCCUGCCUGGCUCCUUGGAAUCAAGGAUCCACACUUCUGAUCCUGUCCCUAUCUUGAUGUGUCAGCAGCACGUCCAGCCACUAACCUAUCAGUUACCAGCUGAGAACUGCAGUCUCCAGGCUGCAGCUUACAGUCAGAUAUGGCCAACUGCCUUUUUUUUAAAGACCCAUGAGCUAGAAUGUUUUUUACAUUUUUUAAUGGUUGGGAAAGAAAAAAAAUUCUGUGUCAGGUGAAAGUAUGAAUAAAAAUUUGUCAGAAUGCAACUAAGU